AUGGCUUCGCUGUACCAGAGGUUCACGGGCAAGAUCAACACCUCGCGCUCCUUCCCGGCGCCCCCGGAGGCCAGCCGCUUGCUGGGCGGCCAGGGGCCGGAGGAGGACGGCGCGGGGCCCAAGCCCCUCGGAGCCCCGGCGCCCGCGGCGGCGGCCCGGGAGCGCGGCGGCGGCGGCGGCGGCGGCGGCGGCGGCGGUGCGGGUGGCCGGCCCCGGUUCCAGUACCAGGCGCGGAGCGACGGUGACGACGAGGACGAGCUGGUGGGGAGCAAUCCUCCCCAAAGAAACUGGAAGGGAAUAGCAAUUGCUCUCCUCGUGAUUCUGGUCAUCUGCUCCUUGAUCGUCACCUCGGUCAUACUGCUGACACCAGCGGAAGAUAACAGUCUGUCUCAAAAGAAGAAGGUCACAGUGGAAGAUCUUUUCAGCGAUGAUUUCAAAAUUCACGACCCCGAGGCUAAGUGGAUAAGUGAUAAAGAAUUCAUCUACAGAGAACAGAAAGGAAGUGUGAUACUGCGGAAUGUUGAAACAAAUAUUUCUACAGUGUUAAUAGAAGGCAAAAAAAUUGAAUCAUUAAGAGCCAUCCGAUAUGAAAUAUCGCCAGAUAAGGAGUACGCUCUGUUUUCAUACAAUGUGGAGCCAAUAUACCAACACUCCUACACUGGAUAUUAUGUCCUGAGCAAAAUUCCUCAUGGGGACCCUCAAAGUCUGGACCCACCGGAAGUGAGCAAUGCGAAACUUCAGUACGCAGGCUGGGGUCCAAAAGGCCAGCAGCUGAUAUUCAUCUUCGAAAACAAUAUCUACUACUGCGCGCACGUCGGAAAGCAGGCCAUCCGAGUGGUGUCGACCGGGAAGGAAGGCGUGAUUUACAACGGACUCAGCGACUGGCUCUAUGAAGAGGAGAUUCUGAAGACGCACAUUGCGCACUGGUGGUCUCCAGACGGCACGAGGCUCGCCUACGCCACCAUCAACGACUCCCGCGUGCCCGUCAUGGAGCUCCCAACCUACACCGGCUCCAUCUACCCCACGGUGAAGCCCUACCACUACCCCAAGGCCGGAUGCGAAAACCCCAGCAUUUCCCUCCACGUCAUUGGCUUAAACGGACCCACUCACGAUCUGGAGAUGAUGCCGCCCGACGAUCCACGGAUGAGGGAGUACUACAUCACCAUGGUGAAGUGGGCCACCAGCACCAAGGUCGCUGUCAACUGGCUGAGCCGCGCGCAGAACGUGUCCAUCCUCACCCUCUGCGACGCCACCACUGGGGUCUGCACAAAGAAACAUGAGGAUGAAAGCGAAGCCUGGCUCCACAGACAGAAUGAAGAGCCGGUGUUCUCCAAGGACGGCCGAAAGUUCUUCUUUGUACGAGCCAUCCCACAGGGGGGACAAGGAAAAUUCUAUCACAUCACCGUGUCAUCGUCCCAGCCCAACAGCAGCAAUGACAACAUACAGUCCAUCACCUCCGGAGACUGGGACGUGACCAAGAUCCUGUCCUACGACGAGAAGCGGAAUAAGAUCUACUUCCUGAGCACGGAGGACCUGCCCCGGAGGAGGCAGCUCUACAGCGCCAGCACGGUGGGCACCUUCAACAGGCAGUGCCUGUCCUGCGACCUGGUGGAGAACUGCACGUACUUCAGCGCGUCCUUCAGCCACAGCGCCGACUUCUUCCUGCUCAAGUGCGAAGGUCCUGGAGUCCCCACGGUGACAGUGCACAACACGACCGAUAAGAGAAAAAUGUUUGAUCUAGAAACAAAUGAGCGUGUACAGAAGGCCGUGCGUGACCGACAGAUGCCCAAAGUGGAAUACAGGAAGGUCGAGGUUGAUGAUUACAACUUGCCCGUCCAGAUCCUCAAGCCGGCGACCUUCACCGACACCGCCCACUACCCCUUGCUGCUGGUGGUGGACGGCGCCCCGGGCAGCCAGAGCGUGGCCGAGAAGUUCGCGGUGACCUGGGAGACAGUGCUGGUGAGCGGCCAUGGCGCCGUGGUUGUCAAGUGCGAUGGCCGCGGUAGCGGCUUCCAGGGGACCAAGCUCCUGCACGAGGUGGGGCGGAGGCUGGGCGCCCUGGAGGAAAAGGACCAGAUGGAGGCUGUGCGGAUGAUGCUGAAGGAGCAGUACAUUGACAAGACGCGCGUGGCCGUGUUCGGGAAGGACUACGGCGGGUAUCUGAGCACCUACAUCCUCCCUGCGAAGGGGGAAAACCAGGCUCAGGUGUUCACCUGUGGCUCUGCUCUCUCUCCAAUCACGGACUUCAAGCUCUACGCGUCUGCAUUUUCCGAGAGGUACUUGGGUCUGCAUGGACUUGACAACAGGGCGUACGAGAUGACCAAGGUGGCGCACCGCGUGCCGGCCCUGGAAGGACAGCAGUUUCUGAUCAUUCACGCAACCGCGGACGAAAAAAUCCAUUUCCAGCACACGGCAGAACUCAUUACGCAGCUGAUUAAGGGGAAGGCUAAUUACAGCUUACAGAUCUACCCGGACGAAAGCCAUUACUUCCACAGUGCCUCCCUGCACCAGCACCUGUACCGAUCCAUCAUCGGCUUCUUCGUGGAAUGCUUCCGGAUUCAGGACAAGCCGCCCGCGGCCACCGCGAAAGAGGAGGAGGAGGAGGAGGACUGACCUGGAGCCAGCCCCGAGCGCUGCGGGUGGGGGAGCUCCUCCUGACAGUGUACAGCGGGGACCCCGCCUCCCUCGUCCGCAGGGGCGGGGCCGGGGCAAGAAGUGUGACUUCCCACAGCAUGUG